AUGCAGCUCUCGGCCCUCUUCCUCCUCGCCCCCGCCCUCGUGGCCGCGACUCUCGACCCGGCCACCUCCAACACCAAGGGUAAAUGCCCCUCGUCCUACGCCUGCAGCGCCACAAAGGUCUCCAAGGCCAUCCAGGCCGCCGAGUGCUCCCACAACACGCGCACCGGCAAGACCCAGACCUUUGCCGUCUUCGAGACCGACCACCAGUACGACGGCAACAACGGCUACCCCUACGGCACCUGCUCCGCCUACACCUGCGACGCGCCCACCGAGAUGGUAGCUGACGAGGACUGCUGGACCUUUUUCUGGAGGUCGUCGUCGUGUGUCAGCGGCACCGGCGAGGAGAGCGGCGUCGGCACCGGUUGCAUUAAGGACCCCAACACGGGCGAGUGCGGUUGCGAGAACUCUGACGGCACUUUCGUUCCCGGCAGCGACAGCUGUAAGUAA